AACGUAUUUAGCUUCAACGUUCAGAUCGGCACGCUGCGUUCGGCGCCGCCCCCACAACCGGCGGCCUUUGGUAGACCGAGUUGCCUGAGUUGGCAAGUGGUUCCUUUUUUGGUCUGACAUGCAGCGCUGGACUAUAAAGCACGGGGAAUAAUGGCUCCUCACUUCCAUCCUUCUGUUCCUCGCCAUUCCGAGCCUUUUAUCUGCUCCUGUCAACACGCCCGGCACGCCAUGGCGUCCCCCAAAUUCACGAUACCCGACGAGUUCAAAGACCAAUUGACGUCCGCGGAGCCCAAAGACAGCCGUUCUGACGACGAGAUUCUGCAGUCACUCUCCGAUUUCCGCGAGGUCACGUCGGAAAAGAACAUCUGGUGCUACUGGCACUCCGGACUCGAGAACGUUCCCGCGUGGUGCAAGAGAAAUAUCGUUGACUGGGUCCGCAUCAACGGGCCUUCUUGGACCGUUCGAGUCCUCGACACUGUGCCUGGAUCGCCAAACAACAUCUUGAAGUAUGUUCCUGCCGAGAUGCUGCCCGAGACGCUGAUUCGCGGCACGAUGGACGGACCGUACGCGGGCCCGCAUGCGUCCGACAUGCUGCGAGGCGCGUGCCUGUACCUGUAUGGAGGCGUCAGUAUGGACGUCGGAAACAUGUUGAUCCGCGAGCUGGACCGGAUGGGAUGGGAUCAACUUUCGGACCCCAAAAGCCCACGGCAGAUCUGCAUCCCCCGGUUCUACGACACGCAGCCUGCAAACCAUUGGGUGAUGAGUCGCAAGGGCGACCCGUUCAUCAAGCGCUGGCAUGACCUGUUCAUCCACGUCUGGAAGGAUAGGACAAACUACAGUGGGCUAGCCGCACACCCCUUGAUGGCAUUCGCCACCGACCUUGACUUUUCAAAGUCCAGAGAAGCCGGUAUGGAGUGGGAGUUCAUCGUUGGCCCGGAGGUUGUUUUCCAAUACAUUACCCAGACGCUAUGCUGGAGAAGAGUGGCCAUGCUCGAGGAACCAGGCGAGGCUGGGUUCAACGGAGCAGAGUACCAACGCGACCACAUCCUAUGGUUCCGUGUACUGCCGGAAUGCUGGCCCGCCGAGACCGUGGUCGGUUUUCGAGGGGAGUCGGCGUUCAACGCCUUCGCAACGAGACUCGAUGCAGACCCGAGCUCAGAGCAGUACCAGAAGGCGUAUAAGCUCGUGUGGAAGGCGCUGACGACGGCAAGCAUGCAGAAGGUGACCCAUGGCAAAAACCUUACCAAGACGCCUGCUCUCGGCCUGUUGUGGGAUCAACCGGAGAACCAAGACAAAGACCACGAGCCGGGUACGUUUGCUGAGCUCUUCCGGUACGGUACGACGCACUUCCGGCAGACUAGGAAAGACCUGCUCUGGGAGCGGACGGAGAAGCCGACGGAGACGCUCAAGAGGGGACUGUUGGAGGUAUAGAUGAGGAUAAAGGAUGUUUCAGGCGGUUCUUUGUUCACAUGAGCUCUGUUUUUAUCAUAAGUUCGCAGACCUUGGAGAGAGCAAGAACUCGUCGUCGGAUCGAAAGGGAGACUUCCAGUCUUGCUACCUUUGUUGGGGAGAACUUGCAGAUUGCUGGCGUUACAUACGUAUAUAUGUUACGCGCACAACUCCUCUCCUCGUUGAAGUGACUGUUUCUUUUACCCCCCCCCCCCC